UUCCUACAGUGUCUGCCUUAUAUCUCAGGGCUCGGCUGUGAUCCAGAGUUCUUCCAGAGUGUGUGUUCAUCCAUCUCUGUGAGAUCCAGAGAGGAGACCCAGCAGCUGGUCUCUCUGCUGCAGCUCCUGGGGUUCAACCUGCUGUUAACAGGAAAGUUAGGCAGGAAAACCUGCAGGUCUGCAGGGAGAGUUCUCAGACUUUGUGGCUCUGAAGUGAAUCUCAUCCUCACACCCAGAAAGAUGUCUGUCAGAGAAACCUCGCUCCUCUUUAGACGUACAACACAACUACACAGUCUGAAACUGUCCAACAACACAGCCUUGAGACUGUUUGGAUGGAUAAGAAGAGGGAGAGUGGCCUGUCUGGCUGUUGAUGAGCUUUCUCUCGUCCCUAAGACAACCCAACUAUCAGAACGAGUUUUGUUGAAGGUUUUGAGUAGUUUGGCAUCCGUGCUGAGACACUGGUCAGUCAGACGGUUCGACCUGACUGAGCUCAGCAUCUUUGCUCAGGGUCUCACUUCACUGCUGCUUCACGAUGGCCCUCUAACAAUCAAACUGAAUGAAGAGAGUUUGCAGCAGCUACUGGACCUCCUCCAUGAAAUCCAGGAUGAGGACUUGACCUGUUCCUUCUUCAGUAAGGUUGGUGGAGACCUGACCUCCUGCUGUCUGAACUGGGAGGUUCUUCAGUAUCUGCUGCAGCAGUCGUCAGCUCAGACCAUCACUGUGAACCUGAGGAAGAACUGCUUCUUACAGGAGAGAAUCACACGUCUGCUUCCCUUUCUGGACAGGAUUGUAUUCAAAAGGCCCAGUCCCAGCUUUGUGUUGACUGCCAUCAGAGAGAUCUAUGAAGCUCAAACCUGUCACAUGAUACCCAGUUUGCUGAGGUCAUUGGAUCAUGUGAUCAACCUGACCUGCAGAGAGCUGGACUUGGUGGACUGUGCUGCUCUGCUCUUCAUCCUUCAACACAGUGACAGAGUUAAAGUAAACCUGCAGUGGACCUCCAUACCAACAGAGGAAAUAGAGUCCAUCCUCUUUACACUGGACAAAGCCUCUCAACUCAGUGUUGACAGGAAGCUGUUGCUGAGGUUCAUCCACUGCUGUGCUGCCUCUGAUGACCAGCAGGGGGCAGCAUCAGGCCUGCUCAGGACUCUACAGCACAGGCUGGAUCUGUCCUGCUCCUCCUGUGUGGAGCUGACAGAGAAGGAUCAGUCUGAGCCUCUGAGUCUGACCUUUGCUGACUGCAGGGCCGUCUCCACCAUCCUGAGACACAGCAGCCGCAACACACAGUUGGACCUUAGAGACUGUGAGGUGGAAGACAGCAGUCUGGACCUGCUGUUUCCUGUCCUAGACAGAGUCCGUCUCGGAGCCAGUAAAGCUGUCCUCCUCCAGCUGGUAUCCCUGGUUCCUGGGAGCAGUGAGAGGGACACAGUGAGACGAGGAGAGUCCCUGUGUAGAGCCCUGGGUGGAGAGCUGGACCUCAGUCACACCACACUGAAUCAGAGUGCCUGUGAAGGUUUGGCCCGGAUGCUGGACUUCUCUGACGGGCUGACAGAGCUGGACCUCAGUCACUGUCAGCUCACUGACCAGCUGCUGCUCACACUCAUCACACAUCUGCACAAAGUCCAAGUCCUGGAUCUGAGUCACAAUAAGAUCACAGAUGCUGCGACACACAGGUUACUCCAGCUGGUCUCCACCAAUCCUUCCAUUGAAGCCGUGCGACUCUUCAACAACAACAUUGUGGACAGAACUCCCUUUAAGAAAGACAAGCAGUUUGAAAUAUGGUGAACCAGUCAUCAGUGUGGUGGUAACAUGGUGAUCAUUGGAUGAAAACAUGCAAAAUGCUGAUACAGUAUGAUAAUCAUGUAUUAUCAGUUGACAUCAGGAAUCUGACUAAAUUCCUAUAUUACUGCAGUCCAAGUACAAAUACUGUCUUCAGUAGUUUUACAAUAUAGUGACUUUAGGUUUGACAUGACGAUGUCUGCCUGAAACUGUUUUCUAAAUCUAAUGAUUAAGAAGACAGUUUAUAUGGAGGCCAGGAGCAGCCAGCAAUACUUGAUCAAAUUUGUCUGGAGAUUAUGACUCAUCUCUUGUUCUUGAGGUACUUAAGAUUAAUCUUUAUGGAACUGAUAUUUAUGCGUCGCCCUGUGAUGAUCCUCUUCAUGUUUACAUAUCAGAUUAUUGUGUUGCGAUCAUGAUUAAAUAUUUUUUUUUAUUGUGGCAAAACAAAUAGAGGCCAUAAACUAUUUAUCUUUAUGUAUUUUUGUGAUAACUGUCUCCUGGGAUGCUCGUUUUUGCUCCAGGCGGAGACGAAUGACUCUGAUGAUAUCUUGAAGUAUUGAUGCAAUAAAGGUACGAUCAGGAGAUAUAUCGAGAUAACGGUAAAUUAUCUCAAUAAUGUGAUCUUAAAAAUGUAAAUAUAAUUUUUACUUGAUAUUUUGAAUUAGCUAUUGCAAGAGAUAAUGUUUAUUUUUUAUGCCUAUUCUUUUAUCUUUUUUUUUUUACUUUUCCUCUUUAAAAUACCAGACUCAGUGUAAAUUGCAAAAGCAGACACAGAGACUUUUGAUUGUAUAAAAUAGGUGAAAAUAUGGCUCUAAUGUGAGAUCAUGGAUGGAUCGUGAGACUGACAGCGUGAACAGGUGCAUUGUGGGAAGCAAUCUGUGACACUGUGAUCUAGUUAUCUUGUUAUUGAUGAGAGGAACGAAGCUUUCUGAAGUACUGGAUCAAUAUGAAACAAUUGCAUUAAAAAUGGUUCAGUUUCAUCAAGAUAACGGUAAAUUAUCUCAAGAAUGUGAUCUUAAAAAUGUAAAUAUAUUUUUUACUUGAUAUUUUAAAUUAGCUAUAGCAAGAGAUAAUGUUUAUUUUUUAUGCCUAUUCUUUUGUCUUUUUUUCAGAGAAUUUUGAUUGUAUAAAAUAGGUGAAAAUAUGUUUUAAACUGUUUGCAGCUCAGUGACUUUGUGCCAGAAACAGAUGUAGUGAGACGACUCUUGAUGCAACAAUGCAAAAAGAAAAUAAUACUCUUUUUUGUUUUUUACCUUCAAAUAAAAUGACUAUCCUGAAAUAUUGUGAAAUGCACAAAUGUAAAUAUUAUCAAUAAAUAACUGAUUAAGUCA